ACGUGUAAACUGCAAGUGCAGAGGGUGAACGACACCGACGGAAGAACACAUCAAGUAGUAACGAGCAUACAACAACUGCUCGUCUGGAUUGAUACUUUAAAAAACACUACAGUUUUAAUCCAGGUGUGCGGUAUGAGCCAGUGGAACCAAAUUCAGCAGCUGGAGAUGAGACUCCUGGAACAGGUGGACUAUUUGUAUGAUGACAAUUUCCCAAUGGACAUCAGGCAAGGUCUUGCUGGGUGGAUCGAGGCUCAGGAUUGGGACUCGGCGGCUGGCAACGACUCCUUGGCGGCGGUUCUCUUCACCGACCUGUUGUGCCAACUGGAGGUGGCCCUCUCUCGGGAACUCAAUUUUUUGCAGAGACACAACAUGAAGCUCAUACAGCAGCAUUUACAGGUGAAAUAUGGCAACAACCCGGCGGCUAUGUCUCGAGUGAUCUCCAACUGCCUCAAAGAAGAGCGGCGGAUCCUUUCAAGUUCUUGCAUGCAGGAGCAGGGUCCCAUAGAGAAAUCGCUACAAAAUCCAGUGGCCCUUGAGAGGCAAAAGAAUAUGGACCAACGAAUCAGGAUGAUUGCCGCAAGUGUGCAGAUGAUGGACCAAGGAGUAAAAUACAUCGAAAACAUGCAAGAUGAUUUUGAUUUCCGCUACAAGACUCUGAAGUCUCGAGAUCCAUCAGAGAGGAAGUGUGAGCUCAUGGAAGAGGAAGUAACGAGACUACAGGAAAUACUCAACCGACUUGACUUUAAAAGAAAGGAGAUUUUGUCCAAGAUGGCCAUUGUCAUCCAGGAGAUUGACGACCUGAUGAAUUCUCAGCUGGACGCCGAGCUCCGAGACUGGAAGCGCAGACAGCAAAUGGUUGCCAUUGGGAGUCCACUGAUCAUCAGCCUGGACCAGCUGCAGAAUUGGUUCACUCUGACAGCACAGAGUCUGUUCCAGGUGAAGCGGCAACUGGACAAACUUGCAGAGUUGGUUUUGAAAGUCACUUACGAGAGCGACCCCAUCCCCAUGCAGAAGCCUCAGAUGGAGGAACGCGUUAAAUACCUUAUCUAUCACAUAAUCAAGAGCUCAUUUUUGGUAGAGAAGCAGCCCUGCAUGUCAACACAUCCUCAGAAACCUCUCGUCAUCAAGACCGGAGUCCAAUUUAGCACUAAAGUCAGGCUCCUGGUUAAACUUCCAGUUGAUGACUACCGUCUGAAGGUGAAAACAACAUUUGACAAGGACCUCCCUCCUGGCAGAGUAAGUCGUCAGUUUUUUAUCGUGACCACUACCACCAAAGCCAUGGAUAUUGAGGACUUCACCAGUGGCUGCUUAUCAGUGGAUUUUAGACAUGCGCUGAAGGAGAAGAAAAGCAAUUCUACAAAGACACAUAAUGAGAGUUUGCUAUCUGUAACUGAAGAACUUCACUCCCUCAGUUUUGAGGCCCACUUCACAAUCCUGGGCCUUGAUAUUGAUUUGGAGACAUGUUCUCUGCCACUGGUAGUCAUUUCGAAUGUGAGUCAGAUGCCUGGCGCAUGGGCCUCUGUUAUGUGGUACAACCUUUUGAACGACGAACCCAAGAACCUGGCCUUCUUCAGCAAUCCGGCACGAGCCACGUGGGCUCAGCUCUCCGAGGUUCUCAGCUGGCAGUUCUCCGCCAACUCCAAUCUAGGCCUCAACAAGGACCAACUCAAUAUGUUGGGAGAGAAGCUCCUCGGUCAACACUUCUCCAAUAGUGAUCAAGUCUACUGGUCUAAGUUUUGGAAGGAGAAUAUUCCAGGCAAACCUUUCAGUUUCUGGAUAUGGUUGGACUCCAUCCUGGAAUUGAUCAGAAAGCACUUGCUGCCUGUGUGGAAUGAAAAUUACAUCAUGGGUUUCGUAAGUAAAGAGAUGGAGCGCUCUCUGUUGAGAGGGAAAGAGUCUGGCACUUUCCUCCUACGCUUUAGCGAGAGCCAUCUCGGAGGAAUCACUUUCACAUGGGUGCAACACAACGACUAUGGGGAGCCGUCGUUCAACUCUGUGGAGCCCUACACCAAAAGCCGGCUGAACGCGGUCCACUUUCCCGAUAUGAUCCGUGACUACAAGGUGAUCUCGGACAGGGUGGUCCACGAGAACCCGCUCAAGUUCCUCUAUCCUGACAUUCCCAAAGAUGAAGCCUUUGGACAGCUUUACAACAAACUCCCCAGCAAAGUCAAUCCGUACAUACCGUCCACCCUGAUCCCCUGGUCUGAAAUGCGUAGCUCAAGUGCGAGCCCCCCAUCGCCUACUUGUGAUUCGCCCGAGCCCCCAAUGACGCCAGGAGCGUUUGACAUGCUCAACAAGACUCUAUGCUGCGACAUGGAUGAUGUGCUUCCGUGCUAUUAACUCUCUACACUCAGACUAAAAAAGGAGUCAAUUUAACAAACAAGAUGCCACCCAACUACAACACCAAACAGCAGUCAUGUUCUACUUAGUUUUUGUAUUCUUGCCUUUUAUUUUAACUCUUUGUUGUGUUGAAUAAAUGCAAAAACAGUGCAUACAGAAUGUAAUCUGGAAUAAAAAUGUAUCAUGGUUGAAUGAGGCGCGACACAAACACAUACCACAUUCCAGCAAAGUGACAAAACCAAAAGGCACACCUAGAACAGACUUGAGUAGCUAGAGUUAGCUGACAAGCACUGACGACAAAUGAAAAUUUAAGACGUUGGCGUUGAAUGAACUGAGAUACAGGAAGACAAGACGUAGCAUGAAAUAAAUUGAAGGGUUUGAAAAUAGGGUUCAGCUUCCAAGGUACCGAAUA